UACUUUACCACAGCACUAUAGGAGCUAGGCAGGGCUGGGCCUCCCCUUUCUGUCUUCCCCUUCACCUCUGUACAGAAAGCUCUGGCACCCUGGUCUGGGUGCUUCCAGUGGGCAGGAUGGAGGAUGAGGAAGGUCCUGAGUAUGGAAAGCCUGACUUUGUGCUUUUGGACCAACUGACAAUGGAGGACUUCAUGAAGAACCUGCAGCUCAGGUUUGAGAAGGGCCGUAUCUAUACCUACAUUGGUGAGGUGCUGGUAUCCGUAAACCCCUAUCAGGAGCUGCCUCUGUAUGGGCCAGAGGCCAUUGCCAAGUACCAGGGCCGUGAGCUCUACGAGCGACCACCUCAUCUUUAUGCUGUGGCCAAUGCUGCCUACAAGGCAAUGAAGCGCAGAUCCAGGGACACCUGCAUUGUCAUCUCAGGGGAGAGUGGGGCAGGGAAGACAGAAGCCAGCAAGCACAUCAUGCAGUACAUCGCUGCAGUCACCAACCCAAGCCAGAGGGCGGAGGUGGAGAGGGUGAAGGAUGUGCUACUCAAGUCCACCUGUGUGCUGGAAGCCUUCGGCAAUGCCCGCACCAAUCGCAACCACAACUCCAGCCGCUUUGGCAAGUACAUGGACAUCAACUUCGACUUCAAGGGGGAUCCUGUUGGAGGACACAUCCACAGCUAUCUGCUGGAGAAGUCUAGGGUCCUCAAGCAGCAUGUGGGUGAGAGGAACUUCCACGCUUUCUACCAGCUGCUUAGGGGCGGUGACGACCAAGAGCUGCAAGGACUACAUCUGGAGAGAAACCCUGCUGUGUAUAAUUUCACACGUCAGGGAGCUGGGCUCAACAUGGGUGUGCACAAUGCCUUGGAUAGUGAUGAGAAGAACCACCAGGCCGUGAUUGAGGCUAUGAGGAUCAUUGGCUUCAGUCCCGAGGAGAUGGAGUCUAUCCAUCGAAUCCUAGCUGCCAUAUUGCACCUGGGAAACAUCGAGUUUGUGGAGACAGAAGAAGAUGGGCCACAGAAAGGAGGCCUGGCAGUGGCUGAGGAGGCCCUGGUGGGCUAUGUGGCCAAGCUCACAGCCACACCCAAGGACCUUGUUCUUCGAACCUUGCUGGCUCGUACAGUGGCUUCAGGAGGCCGAGAACUCAUAGAGAAGGGCCACACUGUGGCUGAGGCCAGCUACGCCCGGGACGCCUGUGCCAAGGCAGUGUACCAGAGGUUGUUUGAGUGGGUUGUGGACAGGAUCAAUGGCAUCAUGGAGCCCCGGGGCCGUGACCCUCGUCGUGACGGCAAGGACACAGUCAUUGGUGUGCUGGACAUCUAUGGCUUUGAAGUGUUCCCCGUCAACAGCUUUGAGCAGUUCUGCAUCAACUACUGCAAUGAGAAGCUCCAGCAGCUCUUUAUCCAGCUUAUCCUGAAGCAAGAGCAGGAGGAGUAUGAGCGUGAGGGCAUCGCCUGGCAGAGCAUUGAAUACUUCAACAACGCCACCAUUGUGGAACUAGUGGAGCGGCCCCACCGAGGCAUCCUGGCUGUGCUAGACGAGGCCUGCAGCACGGCAGGCCCCAUCACUGACCGAAUCUUCCUGCAGACCCUGGACACACACCACCGCCACCACCCGCACUAUUCCAGCCGCCAGCUUUGCCCUACAGACAAAACCAUGGAGUUUGGCCGAGACUUCCGGAUCAAACAUUAUGCAGGGGAUGUCACGUACUCUGUGGAGGGCUUCAUUGACAAGAAUAGAGACUCCCUUUUCCAGGACUUCAAACGACUGCUGUACAAUAGUGCGGAUCCCACCUUGCGGGCCAUGUGGCCAGAUGGGCAACAGGACAUCACAGAAGUGACCAAGCGCCCCCUGACAGCUGGCACACUCUUUAAGAACUCCAUGGUUUCCCUAGUGGAGAACUUGGCUUCCAAGGAGCCCUUCUACGUGCGCUGCAUCAAGCCCAAUGAAGACAAGGUGGCUGGGCGGCUCGAUGAAGCCCACUGUCGCCACCAGGUCGCAUACCUGGGGCUACUGGAGAAUGUGAGGGUCCGCAGGGCUGGCUUUGCUUCCCGCCAGCCCUACCCUCGCUUCCUGCUCAGGUACAAGAUGACCUGUGAGUACACGUGGCCCAACCACCUGCUGGGCUCUGACAGGGAGGCUGUGAGCGCCCUUCUGGAGCAGCAUGGGCUGCAAGGCGAUGUGGCCUUUGGCCACAGCAAGCUGUUCAUCCGAUCCCCAAGGACGCUAGUCACCCUGGAGCAGAGCCGGGCUCGCCUCAUUCCCAUCAUUGUGUUAUUACUGCAGAAGGCAUGGCGGGGCACCCUGGCUAGGUGGCGCUGCCGGCGACUAAGGGCCAUCUAUACCAUCAUGCGCUGGUUCCGGAGGCACAAGGUGCGUGCUCACCUGGUGGAGCUGCAGAGGCGGUUCCAGGCUGCCCGGCAACCCCCACUCUACGGCCGCGACCUGGUGUGGCCGCCACCUCCUGCCGUGUUGCAGCCCUUCCAGGACACUUGCCAUGUUCUCUUCAGCAGGUGGAGGGCCCGGCAGUUAGUGAAGAACAUCCCUCCUUCAGACAUGACCCAGAUCAAGGCCAAGGUGGCCGCUAUGGGGGCCUUGCAAGGAUUACGUCAGGACUGGGGCUGCCGACGGGCCUGGGCCCGAGACUACCUGUCCUCUGGCACUGACAACCCCACAGCUUCCCAUCUGUUUGCUGAGCAGCUGAAGGCACUUCGGGAGAAGGAUGGUUUCGGAGCCGUGCUUUUUUCCAGCCAUGUACGCAAGGUGAAUCGCUUCCGCAAGAGCCGGGACCGGGCCCUCCUCCUCACAGACCGGCAUCUCUACAAGCUGGAGCCUGGACGACAGUACCGGGUGAUGCGGGCUGUGCCCCUGGAUGCGGUGACAGGGCUGAGUGUGACCAGUGGACGAGACCAGCUGGUAGUGCUGCAUGCCCAAGGCUAUGAUGAUCUUGUAGUGUGUCUACACCGUUCCCAGCCACCGCUAGACAAUCGCAUUGGGGAGCUGGUGGGCAUGCUGGCUGCACACUGCCAAGGGGAGGGACGAACCCUGGAGGUGCGUGUCUCUGACUGUAUCCCACUGAGCCAGCGUGGUGCCCGGCGCCUCAUCUCUGUAGAGCCCAGGCCAGAGCAGCCUGAGCCAGAUUUCCAAUGUAGCCGCAGCGCCUUCACCCUCCUCUGGCCAAGCCACUGAGCAAGCCAAAGCCAGUCUAGCUUGGUUUCCACACAGUUCUAAAAACACCUGGCCUUGCCUUGGCCACACAAAAGGCCAGGACUUGUCCACCCCUGCCUGGAACAUCACACAAUAAAGUUGCUAUAUUUGU